CUGCCGUUGUAUAUGCAGGGAAACCCAUGUUCUUUUCCUGGCUGGUGUUAACCCAUUAGAAGCGAACCACACCUCAAAGAUGAAUCCUUCGUGCUAUUGCCGCAGCACAGCGUGAGCACGUGGCCCUCUGUCCAUGGCAUCCACGACAGCUCGCGUGAGGGAGAUAGUUCAGGCCCUCCUCUGUGGACUCUCUACAUUAUCUGCUCAGAACCUAGAAUCUCCAGAAUCAUGGUCAGUAAGGAAACCAGCCAGUGCGUACUCUCAACCUCGGAGAGUGAAGUGGAGCCCGCCGCCUGCCUGGCUCUGGAGAUGAAAUACGCCCUGGAUCCCAACCGGCAGAUUAAAAAACGGAAUAAAGCCCUGCAGGUGCGCUUUAAGGACAUCUGCGAGGCACAGAACGAGCAGAGGGACACGCAACUCCCCGCAGGACACCCAGGCGAGAAGCGGGAGGCCAGGCCUGUGUCCUACAGAGCGGCCUACCGCAAAUACAUGACAGUGCCCGCGCGGAGGUCCAUCCCCAACGUCACCAAGAGCACAGGCGUGCAGACCUCGCCAGACCUCAGAAAGUGCUACCAGACCUUCCCUCUGGACCGCACAAAAGGGAACCUCAAAAGCAUCCCAGCCGCAGAUGUGUUCCAAAGUCAAAACAGUGGAUUUGUAAUAGACGUGAAAGAGAGGAGAGAGGAAGAGCCCAGGGAGGGGGCCCAGCUGUGGGCUGCAGGCCGGGUUCAGAAGACAGUGGCCUUGGUUUUCCACUCCGACGAACACGUGAAUGCACUGGACCAGCCCACAGGGGUCAACUGUGAAGAGCCGUACAAAAUCCGCGAUGCUCACAGCUGCCAAGACGCCCCUCGGCCUCCCUCCCUAGAGCCUGAUGACCAGCCAUACGGGAAAGCAAAGCAUGACAGGGCGACGCCGGACUCUGAGGAACCCGCCCCACCAGCCCACGGGAGGGUGUUUAAAACGGAGGUGGCCACUGUUUACACACCGGCCACUGGCGCCAAGACCCCUGAGCCUGCCUCGUCAAACUCGGCCACCACGAGCCAGGGGACUCUCUGCCCGGCAGCCGAGCAGGAACGGAGGAGAGCUGAGCAUCUUGAUGGGCUCCAGGCACCCCCGGGCUCCUCUGUGGCCUGCUCGCCCCCGGUGCAGUGCCUGUCCCCUGAAUGUAGUGAACAGCCCCUGCAGACUCAGGCCCCGCUCGGGGAGGAGGCCCAGCCUUGUCCGAAGGCGGCGGCAGGUGAAGAAUGCCAACAAAUUGUGCCUCAUAUGGAAGUGGUCGACCUGAAAGCACAGCUUCAGAUGAUGGAGAACCUGAUCAGCUCCAGCCAAGAAACCAUCAAAGUGCUCUUGGGGGUCAUUCAGGAGCUGGAAAAAGGAGAGGCCCAUCGGGAAGGGCUUUCAUAUCGGACUGGGCAAGACACAGCUAACUGUGACACAUGCAGGAACAGUGCAUGCAUUAUCUAUAGCGUGGAGCUAGACUUUAAACAGCAAGAAGACAAACUCCAGCCAGUUCUGAGGAAGCUCCAUCCUUUUGAGGAAGCUCAGGUCGCACCUACGCCUUACUCUCAGGAGACUUACUCCUCAACUCCCAAGCAAAAAUCCAAAACUGAAUCGAAAAAGCAUGGAAGAUGGAAACUCUGGUUCCUUUGAAACUCGUGGUGUUUGGAGUCUAAAGGCCCCCUUUAAAUCCCCCUGGAGUUAAGCAAAUCCUUUUCCAAAAUGAAUAGGAUCUAUUAAACUGGCUGACUCGGGCACCACCCAGUUCCCACCCUGCUUACCAAAAAGGCCUUUGUACUAACAGGUAAUUAACAGAAGCAAGGGGUUCAAGGUCACACCUUGCCAGCUAUUAUUUGCAGUUCACGGAUGUGGGAUGUAAAAUCUGAAAGAAACUUACGUAGUCAAAGAUGACAAGUAAAAAUUCUAUGCCCCCACCCCAAUGGGCAAGUAUUAUGUUGUUAUCGACCUGUGAAAUGGCAGGCUGUCACUCUGUACACAGCUAAAACUCAUCAUUAUUUUCAGGCCUCUAUUUAAUUUUUUAAGUAAUGAGAAGAAAAAGCAAGCCUUAUGUUUGCAAAGGACUUCAUUUUUAUGUUCAAUUUUGCAGAUAAGCAGGGGGUGAGUGCAAUUUUCAGCACAUCAAAUUCCGGAGAAAGCACAAUUUUUUCAAGUGGUCGGAGACCAUGAAUAAUCUUUCAAAUGUGACUCUAUGUAUAUUUGCCUUCACGUGCUAUAGCGCUAAGCCAAGUGACCACAUCUCAGUGUCACACUGACACCUCAAAUUUAGCAUUCUCUUCAUCUCCAGACCUGUCACAUGGUCACUGCUCCUUUUCCAAAUGGCCAGCAGCCAGGAGUCCCCCAAAGUCAAGACACGCCUUUAAUCACCGCAAGUUGACAGGGUCAGAGCUAUACUGGACACUAAGCUUUCUUAGAUCUCAUUUUUAAUCUUUUGGUACCCAAAGGCGAAAUGAUAGAUUCUGGCAAGAAUCUGAACACACACACAGAGAUACACAAUGGAUAAUGCAGUCACCAAUAAAUCACAGGUGUUCUCUGCCACUGCAAAGUGUUUCUAUGGAUCAACCUUGGGAGACAUUGCUUAUCACCAAAAACGCAGCCAGACGUUUUUUAUACAAGUCGUUAUGCUCUGUAACAACUGUAGAAGAACUGACCAUCUCAAAGAGAAAUGGCGUGUUUGGUGUAGCUGCUACCAACAAACUUAAUGUCACCUACAUUUAACCUAUUAGUAAGUUGACCUAACUGACAUACCUAGGGGAAAGCUGUGAAUCAAAUGUUUUUAGGUAUUUUUUAAAUAAAUGGUGACGCUUAGAGUUCUCUUUUGAUUACACAUUGCAAUAUAAAUCUUAGUUCCUUUAUUUUUUCACUCAUUCCUUUGCACCUUUGCAAAUAUCUUUUUAUAAAAAAUACAAAAGCCCCUAUCGAUUAAUGACUUUGUCUAUCAACCUUUUGCUUUUCACAAUAGGAAGUAAGGAUCUUAUUUUGCCUUUUUUUGUACAACUUAAAUUUUGAAUAGUUUGUGAACACACAAGAAAAUCUAGUCUUCACGUUUCUGUCCAACAGUUUCCUAUCUCAUCUAGGGCCAACACGCACACCUCGCUGAUUAGACGCCACAAACCAAGUGGCCACCCUUGGUGAGAGAGUCUAUACCUGCAUUUUUUCAGAUUGGAGCUAUUUCUUGCCAUGCAUUUUCCUCCUGAAUCAACAGCAAAUCUAUUUUAGUUCUAAGUGUUUUGAUUUCGCAAAGACCUAGUGAUCAGCAAUCAGACCAGGCCAAGAAAAAAAAUGAAGAGUCUAUCACGUAAGCAUUCUUUGGGGAUUACUCAAACUUCACUGCAGAUGUUCACUUUAAUUAAAAGAAAAACACACAUCUUUCGUGGAAACACUCUAUGAGGGUGUAAGUCCUUGAAGAUAAGCAAACAACAGAGAAAUAUUUCUGCUGCAGAAGAAUGAGCAAGUCCAUCGUGCACCAUGAAGAAAGUGCGAUUGUUUCAUGUAGACAUAAAAUUUAAAAAAUGUCUCAUGUAUUUUAUACUGUUUUUAACUAACGUUACAAAAACGUUUGCAAGAAGUUCUCUCUCCUGUGUUUUAAGAAUCCCAGCUAUCUUAGUGAAAUGCAAUAAGGGUGUUGUUAGCAGCUUUCUAAUUCGAACUUGACGUCUGUCUAAACAAGAAGAGGUCCUGCUAGAAAUACUGUCACUCUCUGAAAGCAGUCUAGACCAAAAAACUAAAAUAAAACACAAUUUUCAGAGUCAAAAAGGAAAUUGGAGAUAAGCUAAUUCCUACUUAAAAAUAAAUCUUUAGAACAGAAAAAAAGAUUCUCAGACUAAUUUCACAUUUUAAUUGCAGUGUCGUUAACUGAUGAGUUCUCCUCAGAAAGCUCCAACUACAGACUAUGACACAAAACCAAGGUAAAAAGUACAGCACCCCCUCCCAUGUAGUUGUUCUCAUGGCAUUACGUAUAGAGAUUAAAUUAUUAUACUUGUCACUAAGUUCUUUAUUAAUUUUUAAAUAAAAAAAUCAAAGGUAA